AUGCAGACGAUUCAGACGACGAGAAAUGCAACUCGACAUCCUUUCUGUCGACGAAAAUCUUCUCUGACGAUGAAGAAGAAAGAGAGGACGAUGCAGACGACGGCGACUUUGAAGAACGAGAACACAACACGAACUCCUGUAACCACCACUGUUGGCGCGUUAAUCCAAGACGCGAAAACAGUCGAGGAGAUACUCCGCGCCGCGUGCGAUAGCUUACUGCUCGAAGGGGAAGAAACGUUGCAUUUCCACUUCCAAGACGUGCAUCGACAGAAGAAUAAGAGCGCGUCGGUGAAUGGACUGAAACGAUUGGCGAAAAUGAUGUGUUCCUCGAGUGGUUCGUAUGAGAAGAAGACAAAGACGAAGAACAACGAGCGAAUAGGAGGCAUAGUUCGAUUAAUAAAAGGCGCGAGUUUAGAUGGAACGAAAACAACAAACAGGAAGAAAAGAGCGUCGGAUGGAAUCGACGCGCUCAGGGCGACCGCGUCUCUGUUGGUAUCUCUGUUUGAUGAAGACAAGGACGAGGACGAGGACGACAGCGAUACGAGUAGAGAGGAGAUGCGAAACGCGUGCGACGAGCUCGUGCGUAGGGUGAGAGAAGACGCGGAAUAUUUCUCAGACGGAGACAGGAUAGUUUUCGAUUGGGCUUUGCGUGUGAUAGAGAGUAAUAUUGCGAGCAGUAGCGGCGAAACAACAGCAACAUCAGAGAGAAGAGGAGAUGCGACGAUUACCGUCGACGAGUUUCCCUUUCGAUACGUAACGCCGAAUAUUUCCAACGUGCUAAAAAGUAUUACGGUUGAAGAUUUACGCAAAGAAGUGCCUUUUAAAGCGGAAAAAUUAAUCACACGAACUGGAAAAAGAGUGGACGAGAGAAGAGAGACCUGUUUCGUCGCGGAAAGUGGUAUCGGUGGACUCGCGUAUUCUGGAAAGAUUAUGGAACCGACGCUAUUGAACGAAGCGUCUCUGCCGUUGGUAACUACCAUACGGAAUGCCAUAGUAGAAGCUUUGAAAAAUGACGAAGAUUACGCAGGAUGUGACAUCGAUUUUGAUUGCGCGCUCAUGAAUUUGUAUCCCGAUGGAUCUUCGGCAUGCGCGUGGCACACCGAUCCCGAGAUGGGGACCGUAUGGGAUCGAGACUCAGUUAUUGUGUCUAUAGGCGAGACGCGGCGAUUCGCGUUUCGAAAACUCGCCGGCGGCGGAGAUAAGACACAAAAUGACGGCGAAGAAGAGCAAGUAUGGGUGCGAGUGCAUCACGGGGACUGCAUCUUAAUGCGAGAUGACUGCAAUGAUAACUGGGAACACUGUGUCUUUGGGAAAGAGAACGAUUCGAACAACGCGGCUCGAAUCAGCCUCGUGUUCAAGAAAGCGCUUUCGAGAGGAGGCGGCAGGAAAAAGGGACACGGCACAAACUCAAAAGAGAAGAAGAAGGCGAAAUGA